CAAUAGCCUGUACAAAGGCAAUUGCCAUAGCAUUCAUACGUUCGUUCGUUCGUUGUUGGUGUACGACGCUCUGUGUGUAUUGUGUUAUAUUUCCAAUAUAGCUGAAACGACGGGCAUUGAAGCCACUAUAGAGCUAUAGCAAGCAAGCAAGUACACGGUAAACGGUUGGAAUAUCAGCUCAGCCCAUACACAGUAUACGAGACUACGGCACAGUAAAAGCAAAGCAAGCGGCAGCGCAUUUGUUGGAGAUUAUACAAUUCACAACAAGCUAUUCAGCGCAAAGUAAAAAUAUAGGCGAUUGCCUGCAUAGCAUAGGAAAGCGACAGAAGCAGCAACGCCACGGCAGUCAGCUAUAGGCGUCGGCUAUACAAUAUAAAAAUAUACAAUAUACAGGGACUUCUAACCAAGGGGCUACGAGGGUGACGAUAUUCGUGUGGGAAAUACGACGACGCAGCGGAAUACGACUACAGCAACGAUAGCGUUGGCGAGUGCAUAAUCGGCAGCAGCUAUAGAGAAGUAACGGCUGGUUAUACGAGACGACCAUACACAAUACACGCUAUAGAUCAGGGGCAAAGCUGUACCCACAGCAUAGAGCCAUAGUAACGAGCAGUGCUAGUGCAUAGAGCUCGACAUUACCAGCGACAAAGUAUAGGCGAAACGUACCAAGCGUGUAGCGAAAACUUUAGGCAGAUAUAAAAAAAAACGCAAUACCAAUUGGGUCUUUCGUCGCAAUCCGUCAGUCGUACCAACUAGCUUUGUACAAGGCAUUUGUAGCGGAGUACGAAGAGAAGCAAAGAGUGUACCAAGUUAUAUUGAAGAGGGGAAGUAGAGUGAAGCAGCAUUUGUAACUUUGAUAUAUCGGUUUUGUACUGUGGGACGAACGGGUGUGCAAAGCAAAGCAAGUGAACAGUGCCUGUGAUUUUUGUUUUUGGUGAAGUGAUUAAAGAAGACGGCAGAGAAGCAGAAGGGGGUCGUCGCGCGCGAAAACCUCCCACAGCCCCCCUUAUUUAGUAAUUGCUGGCCAUUAUUGUGUACCAAGCAGACGCACAGCGAAAGCAGUGAGUGAGAGCGAGUGUACGAAGGAGUGAGGAGAGACUUUUUUAUUCUUCGUGCUAUGCUAGCAAGCGGCAAUAGAGCAUUGGAGUACAUUGUUGGUAUUGUAUAAUUUUAUAAUACGUGGAGUGGCGAACGGCGGCGCAUUGUUGGACAACGCAACGUGAACGCCUAAGCAAAGUAUACCAUAGCAUAGCAUUUGUGUAUAGAGCCCCAGAGCCUUAUAGCAGCAAGAUAGGAAGCAGCGACGACAACAACAACAACAACAGUAAAGUAGCAGAAGCAGCAGCGACACAACAAAUAGUUGCAGUAUGGAGCAUUUUCAUCAGAUUCAGCAAACUCUUCAACACUAUCAGCAGCAGUUGGCUGCGCAGCAACAACAGCAGGCAGUACAGCAACAACAAUUGCAACAACAGCAGGCCCAUCAAGUGGUCGUGCAACAAAAUCAACAGCAAGCACAUCAAAAUAAUGCCAACACCACUUCUGGUGUAGGCACCCAACAGUUAUUUACCUAUAAAAUGGCUAGUAGCUUCCCAAAUCCAGCCACGACCAUGGCACAGGUGGUCGCUACCUCAAAUGCGGCCGGUUCGACCGGCUACGAUUAUCGUCUUAAUAUGGCACAAGCAGCUGCUGCGGCAGCGGUACCCGGUUCACAGUGGUGGUAUUCGGCUGCGAAUUCUGGACAGAUAGAUGCCAACACCGCUGCACAGUUGCAACAGCAACAACAACAGGCACAGCAACAGCAGCAGCAGCAACAACAGGCACAGCAGCAGCAACAGCAACAACAGGCACAGCAGCAGCAGCAACAGCAACAACAGGCCCAACAGCAACAACAGCAAGCGGCACAACAGCAACAGCAGCAAGCUCAACAGGCACAGCAACAACAAUUGCAGCAACAACAACAGAAUGCCGCAGCGGUGAGUGAAAAAAAUCUUAUCUUAUCAUUUAUUUAUGUAUUUAUUAUCUCCAAAUUUGAUAUGUUUGUACAUACAUAUAUAUGUAUGUAUAUGUGUGGACCUUAG